AUGGAGAGCAGCUACCUGCGCGCCGCGAUGGCGCUGUCGGCGGCGGGUAUGGUGCUCGUGCCCGUGUUCGGCCUGCUGCUGCGCUUCCAGCCAGCGUUCGUGCACGGCCUGCGCGUGAGCUCCAGCUCCGCGGAGGUGAACUGCUACAUCGUAGGCGGCCUGUACGCCGGCGUGUUCCUCGUCUGCGGCCUGCUGCUGGCGCUCAGGACUCGCGGCUGCUUCGACAACGAGCAGGACGUCACUCAAGACGGCAUCACGAGGAGAAACCAGCGCUACGGACUUCGCUUCGUGGAGCUGGAGAGCAAGGAGUUCACUCUGGAGCUGCCCACCAAGUUCCCGACCAAAGCUGAUUCAGUGUAG